UUCCCAGGUUCAUGGUGCCCGGCCUCCUGUAAAUUUAACCUGGUUUAAUGCCUCUCAGCCAAUGGACCCAGAGGAGAAUGAUUUAAUGGAAAUCAGAACAAGAGCGUUUGAAAAAGAGGAUGGCACCUAUCACACGCAGUCGGACCUUAUCUUUAAUGCUUCACGUUUUGAGAAUGACGUUAAAUUUGUGUGUCAAGCUGAAAAUAUUGUUUUACAAAUAAAUCGUGAAGCUCCCAUGCAGUCAUUAUUGACACUGGAGGUGUUGUAUCCUCCUGUGGUUAAAGUUAGUCCCCCAGAAAUAACCGUAAAUACUAGUGAUACGGUAUUGUUAAAUUGUGAAUAUGUGGCAAAUCCAGCCUCGUUGGAUCAUGUUGUUUGGUAUCGUAAUGGUGAGAUAGUCAAUGUUAAUGAUACGGAGCGCUAUGAAGGUGGUAAUUCAGAGAAUGUAGCCUUGGUUAUACGUUCUACCGAGAAACAGGAUAUUGGUAAUUAUACCUGUCAAUUGUCGAAUGCCAUUGGUAAAGGUGUUUCCGAACAACAAAUUGAUUUGGAUGUACAAUAUGUACCAAUUGUUGAAGUUUUGAUGAUACCCGAGGGUCCUGUCAAAGAAAGUGACGAAUCGAAUGUUACUUUAUUUUGUAAUAUCUUAGAUGCCAAUCCAUCGGUUUUAACUAAAGUUCGUUGGUAUGCCAAUUCAACAUUGCUCAAGGAAUUGCCAGAUUGUGAAGAGACUAGGGAGGAUUUGUGUCAUAUCGAUCCUAGUAAAUUGCUAUUGGAAAGUAUAGGACGUGGCUUUUUCUAUAAUUAUUCCUGUGAGGGUUACAAUGCUGCCGGCUGGGGACCACGCAGUGAAGAUAAAGAAUUGCUGGUGCACUACGAACCCGGACCAGCAACUUUAACACAUUUCCCCCUAAUUGCUGUUAAAAAGAAGAGUGUUACAUUUUCAUGUUCCGUCGAUGAUCCCGGUUAUCCCGAAUCAAAUAGAUUCCGUUGGCUGCGUGGUGGACGUGGCCCCCUUCAGGAUAUUGUCACCAAGGAUUGGACUGUCGAACCCGUUGGCCUGGAUAGUCGCACCAACUACUCUUGCUAUGCAUUCAAUGAGGGCGGUAAAGGUGUCAUGGCCACAGUCAAUUUAGAAGUACAUGCACCACCAUUUUUCAUUAAGAAUUUGCCACCAUACACUGGUAUGCUGCAUACGUCGCGCAAUGCCAAUCUAACCUGUCGCAUUGAGUGUGUGCCACGUUGUGAGAUAUCCUGGCUAAAGGAUGGUGUACCAAUCGAAAAGAAUGAUACACGUUACUUUGUCAAAGACAAAUACAUGGAUGCCUCACCGGCAACGGGUGAUUUCGAAAGUAUGCUUUCGGUGCUGCAUUUCAAUAUGUCCAAUUGGCCAAAUAACAAAUUUGACAUUGAGGGAGAUAAUGCCAAUUAUACAUGCGUAUCCACAGGCAAUACAGUGGGUCCCGGUAUUAAAAGUGCCACUUAUUUCAGUAUUGAAUAUGCACCCGAUAAUACAACGGUAUCAGAAGAAGUUGUUUAUGUAGCAGAAAAUACAAUACCAGGACGUGUCAUAUGCAAAUCAAGAGCUAAUCCGGAGCCCACUUAUGAAUGGCGUUUCAACAAUAAAACUGUUAUACGUGGCAAUGCCUUGAUUAUAAAUACUCGCAUGAAGCGCAAUGAUACUGGUCGUUACACUUGUGUGGCCUAUAAUAAACAUGGACGCAGUACAGCCGAAACAUUUAUUGAUGUACAAUGCCGAUUUUUCAUGGUCAAUUAA